AUGGGUCCUCAGGAUAUCCUCAAAGGAACUAUCUUUUCUGCAACCACCAUCAUUGGGUUAUGUGGUAAUACAGUGGCUUUGAUAUUCUUGCUCCAAGUUGCACACAACGAGAAAAAAAUGAUGACAAAUGAGGUAAUACUGUGCAGCUUGGCUGUCUCAAACUUAACUCUUCUUUUCACGCUGGGACUUCCCCAUUCUCUGUUUGUGUUCACAGUUAAGUAUUUCCACACAGAUUUGGAUUGCCAAGUUGAUCUCUAUUUACUGAGAGUGUCCAGAGUCAUGGCUAUUGGGUUAACUUGUCUGCUGAGCUGUUUCCAAUGUACAGUACUUGCAUCUUCUUCACAUUCUUGUUGGACUGCCCUCAAAGCCUGGAUACAGAGGUACCUUGGAUGGAUCAUCAUCUUCCUUGUUCUUACAAGCAUGGCCUCAAGCAUUAAUUCUGCCCUAUUUCCAGUCAUCAGUACAAACCUCACUAAUUUGCCCUACACCUUCAACUUGGGCUACUGUUUUGUGAUUUACCCAGACAAGCUAUCAUUUGAACUCAUUGGUUUUGUUGCAUUUGCUAGAGAUGCGGUCUUAGUAAUCCUCAUGGCUUUGGCCAGCAGUUAUAUCUUGUUUAUUUUGUUUAGGCAUGAGAAGCAGAUGAAAGGAAAGAGGAGUUCUGACAGAAACCAAGACAAAUCUGCAGAACGUCAGGCUGCCAAGACUCUUGUCACUUUGGUUGUCCUUUAUGUGUUUUUCUUUGGGAUAGACAAUGUUGUCUGGUUCUAUCAGAUCUCAAAGUCAAAUGAAAUCAAUCAUUUCGUAACAAACCUGAGACUUUUUGUAACUUUCUGCUUUCCAUCACUUUUUCCAUUUAUUAUUAUUUUCUUCAACCAAAAGCUGAGAGACAAAAUGACAUGCUCAGGCAAUAAAUGA